AUGAUAAGCUCGGACCGCAUUUCGCAGCUCUUCUGCCGUUCUGGGGCCAGUCUUGGCGUUAAAAUCAUCGACGAUGACCUUGAGAAAAAGUAUGGUUUUCUCGGUGGAGCCUCUCCAGAAUCGUGUAGAACGCGGAUAUGGCACUAUACUGGUGUGCUAUUAGAAGAAGAGCUGUAUGACACGCCAAAUGAGGAACUAUGGGAGGAUCGCGAUUCUUUCGCUACGAAGGCAGUGGAAGCAGCUCAACGGGUCACAACGUACGUUCCACCACAUCUUCGCAAAGUUGAUAACUCGCAUGCCAAACAACAAUCCAAUGGUAAACAGCAAAACACCGUGAAGAUGACUGAAGCGGAAAAGAAAACGUUGGCCAUCAAGAAGAAGCUGAGAGACAUUGAAGUGCUCAAGGCUCGCCUAUCUAACGGAGAAGAACUGCAGAAAACUCAGCUGGAGAAAAUAGCAAAGGAACCUGAGCUCAUCGCACAGCUUGCAGCUUUCGAAGAAGUUCACUAA